CUUGCAAACAUUUCAAACACUUUCAUUUCUUUUAUCCCCUCCAUAGCUACUCCUUGUAGUGAUCCAUAUUUGUCUAUUGGUUUGUUUAAUUUGAAAAUGGAAGUGAAAGCCAACUCUGAUCUUCCACCUGGGUUUAGAUUCCACCCAACUGAUGAGGAACUUAUCAUGUAUUACCUUUGUAACCAAGCCAAGUCAAGGCCAUGCCCUGUCUCAAUAAUCCCAGAAGUCGAUAUUUAUAAGUUUGAUCCCUGGGAAUUGCCUGAGAAAGCUGAAUUUGGAGAAAAAGAAUGGUACUUCUUUACUCCCCGUGACAGAAAGUAUCCUAAUGGGGUGCGCCCCAACAGGGCAACUGUUUCCGGUUAUUGGAAAGCCACCGGAACUGACAAGGCAAUCUAUAGUGGGUCUAAAUAUGUUGGGGUCAAAAAAGCUCUUGUUUUCUACAAGGGUAGACCACCUAAAGGAGUUAAGACAGAUUGGAUUAUGCAUGAGUAUCGCUUAAGUGAUUCCCGAAAACAACCCAACAAGCAAAAUGGAUCCAUGAGAUUGGAUGAUUGGGUCCUUUGUAGGAUCUAUAAGAAAAGGCAUUCAGCAAAAACUUUGGAUCAAAAAGUUGAAGAAUCAUGUUUGCAAAGGGUCAAAUUAGGAUCCAAUACUGAUGCUAUUGAACAACAACAAAUGAUGAAAUUUCCAAGGACAUGUUCACUUACACAUCUAAGGGAAUUGGAGUACUUUGGUCCAAUUUCACAACUUCUCAGUGAUAACACCUACAAUUUAAGCUAUGAUUUCCAAAACGCCUCGGAACAUGUUGAGAAACUGCAUCUAGGUGAAAUCCCUUACGAGUACACAGAUUCUGGGAAGUUCCAAGUGAACCCAGGUGGCAAUUUGAACCAGACAGUAUUUGUGAAUCCAAUGGCGUAUGAAUUCAAGUAAUAAGUGUGUUUUAAGGACAAAUAGAUUUGUUAAGACAUCUAACAAUUGUAAAAAUUGUUUGUGAAAUACAUCACUUUACAAAAUUAUAUCAGUAAUUUGAUUCAGAAACAACAUUUACUUUU